CUCUGUCAGGUGAAUUCAUCUCUUACCAGUAGCUCUUGAGACUGCACUGAGGAAUGAGGAAAUACGGCUUGAACAACAUCACAGACCUGUUUAAAAACAAGGUAAAUGAUGAAUCUAACAAGCCAGACUCUCAUGUUGGGACAGAAGAUGAGAACACUGAUAGGGGGAACUGGACCAGCAAAAGAGAGUACAUGCUGUCUAUGAUCGGCUAUGCAGUGGGUCUUGGCAAUGUGUGGAGAUUUCCCUACUUGGCAUACAAACAUGGGGGAGGGGCCUUCCUGAUCCCCUACACUAUCAUGCUGGCUGUUGCUGGCCUGCCCUUGUUCUUCAUGGAGAGCUCAUUUGGACAGUUCUGCAGCCAAGGUCCCAUCAAUGUGUGGAAAGCUGUGCCUAUACUGCAAGGUGUUGGCAUCACAAUGAUGCUGGUCAGCACUUUUGUGGCAAUCUACUAUAAUGUCAUCAUUGCAUACAGUAUCUACUACCUUUUUGCAUCUUUUCAAUAUCCCCUACCCUGGAGUGGAUCUCCAGACACGAGCUGCAACACAACUGAGAUAGGAUGUUGUAAUGCGACUGCUUACAAUGUUAGUGCUGCAGCACUGAAUGUGACUGCUGAGAAUCGCACCUGCCUGGAUUUUUUACCGGGACAGAGCCCCAGUGAGAAAUAUUGGGACAUGGUUGCCCUUCAGCGCACGAUCAGUAUGGAUGAGACAGGGCCUGUGGUCUGGCACCUGGCCCUCUGCCUGCUGCUCGCAUGGAUUCUAGUCGCAGCAGCUCUAUUCAAAGGCAUCAAGUCAUCUGGGAAGGUGGUGUAUUUCACAGCUACCUUCCCUUACGUCGUCCUUUUGAUCUUGCUGAUUCGGGGUGUAACUCUGGAGGGUGCGAAGGAUGGCAUUGAGUACUACAUCGGCGCAAAGUCCAACCUCACCAAACUGGUCGAGGCUGAGGUUUGGAAGGAUGCAGCUACUCAGAUAUUCUUUUCCCUCUCCGUAGCCUGGGGUGGUUUGAUGGCUCUGUCCUCUUACAACAAGUUUUACAACAACUGCUACCAAGACUCUAUUAUAGUGUGCAUUACAAACUGUGGCACCAGUGUCUUUGCUGGCUUUGCCAUCUUCUCUAUUCUUGGACACAUGGCACAUGUCUAUCGGAGACCUGUGUCUGAAGUUGCAAAUGCAGGCUUUGGUUUGGCAUUCAUUGCAUACCCUGACGCUCUCUCUAAGCUGCCUAUAUCACCCCUGUGGUCUAUUCUGUUUUUCUUCAUGCUGAUUACUCUUGGCUUGGACUCCCAGUUUGCAGGAAUAGAGGUUAUCACCACCUGCCUCCAGGAUGCCUAUCCCCAAGUUUUAAAGUCCAAACGGGGCCUCAUUACCACAGCAGUCUGCAUUGUUCUCUUUCUGCUCGGCCUGCCAUGCGUCACUGGGGCAGGAAUAUAUUGGGUGAAUUUAAUUGACACAUUUUGUGCUGGAUGGAUUCUCCUGGUUGCAGGAUUGCUGGAGGUGCUAGGUAUAUCCAUUCUGUAUGGUGGUAAUCGGUUCAUCAAGGAUAUUGAGAUGAUGAUUAAGACCAAGAGCUCCCUCUUCUGGUUAUGGUGGAGGGCUUGCUGGUUUUUUAUCACCCCAGUUGUUCUAGCUAUUAUUCUUGGAUGGUCUUUAUAUACUUUUACACCCCCCACUUAUGGUACCGUUAAAUACCCAGAGUGGGGCAAUGCCCUGGGCUGGUGUAUGACUGCAUUUUGCCUCAUAUGGAUCCCUAUUGUGGCCGUCUGGAAAGUGUACAAAGCAAACGGAAGUCCCUGGCAGCGUGUCAAAACAGCCUGUUCACCCACAGAGGAUUGGGGUCCAUACUUGGAGUGUCACAGAGGGGAGCGCUAUGUUGUAAGAGGCAAGCCUGAUGCAAACAUCUUUGUAAUCUCUAAUAAUUACACUACUAGGUUAUAAAAACAAUUUUUUUAAAAAUGUAUUUUACUUUCUUUUUUUUUUUAUUUCUUUUUUUUUAAAUGUAUUUGUAGCAAUGUUCACAGAGAGAACUGAGAGAGUGAAUUUUUCUGUCAGUAUAUCAAAUGCAGUGAUAAAGCACAGUCUUCAUUCAGUCUACAUGAACUUGACUAAAUAUUUCAAUGUAUAUAAUUUUAAUAUGUUUAUGUGACAGCUUUUGUGUUUUCUUUCUUUUUCUUACAUUAUCUUUGAAUUUUGUUCAAUUUGGAAUUUUUUGUGAUUUUUUUUUUUUUUUUUGCAAGAGUUUUACAUGUUUACAUUUAUCUCUUUAGGUACUCCUAUUACACAAUUAUUGUAAUGCUUAUAUGUCAAAAUCAACAUAAUUUGACAAUUAUUCUAUACUUUUAAUUUUAAUUAAAAUGUAAUAUUAAUAUUUAAUGAAAGCUAAACAAGAAUCAAUUGGGUGACAUACAUGUAAUAGAGAACUCAAUACACCAGACUAGGGUGUAGAAAGUGCUUGGGUGACUACUGCAAGUUGGUGAUGUAAAAGACAAUUUUAUGGGAUCCAUAUGACAUUGUGCAAAUAGAGAGUACUCAUGGCAUCAACAAAAUCAGAAUAAUAAUAAUUAAAAAUCCUCACCUUAUAUAUAUAUAUAUAUAUAUUUUUAUUUAUUUUUUUUUUAAUAAUAUUCUAUUACAAGUAAAAACAGCGGUAAAAAGCUGACAACAACCUCUGAAUUUGCUGUGAAGAUAAUAAUAUUGCCAAAUCUAAGCACUCUGUAGUGACAUGCCAGUUUUACUGAAAUUAAAAAAUAUCUCAGACAAGUUUUUAGGAUAGGCGGCUAAAAUGAUGCUAGACAAAAACUUACUUGAACAGGUUGCUCUUCAUGUUGUCAUAGCCAAUCCAAACACUCAAGAUGUUGUAUGCAUAUGGAAGCAUCUGGGAAAUAUUAUAUGACUGAGUAGUUCCAUUUGCCAGGAAGGAACAGAUCUAAAAAAAAAAAUAAAAAAAUAAAAAAAAAUAAAAGAGUCAUUAAUCAUUGCACUGCAUGGUAGACUGAACUAAAC